UUUCCUAACAAUGUACGCAAGUCUCUUGACAGCAUGACUUCUAUUGAUACAUGUUAAUUGACAUUUUACGGUUUAUAAUAGUAUAGUGUAAUAGUAUAAGGGUAUAUGGAAAAAUCUGACGAUUGUGUUUGACUGUGUCCACUCCACUCCAUGUAACAGAGAAAGUAAAGAAGAAGCUGAAAGGUCCCACACACAGAUUUCAAAACCAGAAAAAUAAGAAAAGAUGGACAACCUUGGCAAGGGGGGAGGAGGACCAGACAACAUCACAGAGGAGAAAACACAAGUAGAUGAAGACAUCAGCGAGAGCGACAAGAGCCUCAAGGACCAGCUCAACACAGCAGAGAAAGGUGACAAAGAGAAAGGUGAGAAUAAGAGAGAACGCAGAAGAUCAGGUUCAUUGUGGAGAGGUGGUUGGGGGCUGUCCGAACGUUUGGCCAUCAACGUGUCAGGUAUGCGCUAUGAGACGCAAAUUCGCACCCUGUCCCAGUUCCCUGACUCUCUGCUUGGAGACCCACAGCGUCGCCUGCGCUACUUCGACCCUCUUCGCAAUGAGAUCUUCCUGGACCGUAACAGAUUCUGCUUCGACGCCAUCCUCUACUUCUAUCAGUCCGGAGGCCGGUUACGGCGACCGGCAAAUGUUCCUCUGGACAUCUUCAUGGAUGAACUGCGUUUUUAUGAGCUGGGAGACGACAUCAUGGUUCGGUUUAGAGAGGACGAGGGAUUCCCUAAAGAGAUUCCUCAGCCCCUGCCAGAGAAUGAGAUCCAGCGCAAGCUGUGGAUGCUCUUUGAACACCCUGAAUCUUCCGGAGGUGCCCGUAUUAUCGCCAUUAUUAGCGUGAUGGUUAUUGUGGUUUCCAUUCUCAUCUUCUGUUUGGAGACGCUGCCUGACUUCAGAAUUGAGAAAGAGAUGAGAGAGCAAUAUGCGCACCAGCCUCACCUCAACACUGAAAACAUGACCCUAUCUGCCACCUCACCUUUCCACGAUCCGUUCUUCCUGGUUGAGACCAUGUGCAUCUGCUGGUUCUCUUUUGAACUGGUUAUGCGUUUCGUUUGCUCUCCCAGUAAGAUGGUCUUCUUCAAGGAUGUGAUGAACAUCAUUGACUUCUUUGCUAUCAUUCCCUUCUUUGUCACGCUCGGCACCGAGCUGGCCAAGUCCAAGGGAGCCACGCCAAGCAUGUCCCUGGCCAUCAUCAGGGUCAUCCGUCUGGUGAGAGUGUUCAGGAUCUUCAAGCUAUCUCGCCACUCCAAAGGUCUUCAAAUCCUGGGCCAGACUCUGAAAGCCAGCUUAAGAGAACUGGCACUACUCAUCUUCUUUCUUUUCAUUGGAGUUAUUAUAUUCUCCAGUUGCGUUUACUUUGCAGAGGUGGACAACUCUGAAACAGCUUUUACCAGCAUCCCGGAAGCCUUCUGGUGGGCUGUGGUCACCAUGACGACAGUGGGGUAUGGCGAUAUGUACCCAAUGACGGUGGGCGGAAAGUUGGUGGGUUCGAUGUGUGCCAUCGCCGGCGUGCUCACCAUCUCGCUUCCAGUUCCAGUAAUUGUUUCUAACUUCAGCUACUUCUACCACCGUGAAACGGAGUGCGAGUCCAACCAUGAUUACACCCAUGUUAGCACCUCCCUCUGGGAUGAAGAAGGAGAGGAUGAAGAAGGAGAAGAAGGUGAGGAAGACCCAGAGGAACAGGGAGAUUAUGUUCCUCUUGAGGGAGGUACGGCCUAUAGGGGGAUCUGCGCUCCUCUUAAUGGAACUCUCCUGGUGGGCCUUUGUGCCGGGCAGGCUGGGGAGCAAAGUGGAGGGAACAUUUGCCUUCGGGAGCCACUGGUCACCCAAGUCUGAGACACCGGAGGUCAAAGAGAGAAGAGUGAGGUUUCCUGCGCCAAGUUCAUAGACUACUUCCUCGCCAUAACUCUCUGAACAUACAUGUGUGAAGGAAACAUACCACUGUGAGCUUGAUACUCAUUUGGAAAAUUAAUAUCCAGCAGGCAGAGGAAGACAAACCACAGGAGGAAAAGUAUGAGGACAAUGACCAGCAACAACAUUUAAAGGGCGCACUCUGUUUUUUACGCAAAAGUGUCAAAGUGUUGAGGGGUUACCAGAGUAGAGUAAUACUUUUAAAUAUUAGAUUUUUUAGGUUGUGACUGGAAUCUAAUGUUUAAUUUAUGUGUAUCUUUAUAAUCCAUAAAUUAUUAUUCUUGUGUUUUGGUUAGAACAGUGGUUCUCAACAAGGGGGCGCAGAGGUACAGCAGGUGGGGCGCGACGGUUCUCCAAAACCCCAACCUUUGGAACUCGAUCGCGAAUGCACGGAGGAACGCGAUUGCAAAUUGACGGAGCGGCCGCGCAGACUCAUUGUAGGUCCUAUACGAUGUUCAAUUUAAAAAAAUGCGCACAAAAGCUUAAAAUCUACAAAGUAGGCAAACAUCCACUCAGGAAGGAGCAGCAUUACCACUAAAUCACCUUAAAAAGCAGGUCGAUCAUAUAAGUAUGUUUGUCUCUCAGACUGUAAUUUCAGAAUACGCGCAAAUCUCUCUAUCUCCCGAUGAGUAUAGUGCGCGUGAAUGGAGCGGCAUGCAUGUAAAUGAAGUGCCUUUUCAUAUAGGCCCUAUUUCUGAACUUGGACGGUUAUUUAAUGCUGUUGACAGUUAUUAAAGAUGCAAAGCGCAAUUUUCAAUGGCACCACACCGCGUCUGUAUUAUAAACUGCGAAUAAACUCUCGCUCGUGUUUAAUUCAACGAAACACGCGCCGUUCUCGUGAUCUGGCAGAUUGAGGAAUAAUGCCUAAAACACUUCAAUUUUGUAAUGGUUUUAAUGCGAAAAGCUACUGGUUCACAGUGGUAUUUUAAUGGAAACCAUUAAUUUCUGUGAUGGUUUCUUUUGUUUUUAUCAGUAGGGUUGUUACAUUUAUAAUCUGAUCUCUUGAGAUCGA